UUUUUGUUCCAUGAUUGGAUCCAAUAAAAUAUGAUACAUAGAAUAUGGGUGUUCAAAGCCUUUCUUCGUUUAUGAAUCGAAAUGGUUAUUUCAAAAUUCAUCAAUUAACGGACACUGUUUUGGUCAUCGAUGGUUAUAAUUUAAUUUUUCAGCAAUUUUUCAAAUAUCAACAACAUGUAAAUGAUCAUAUGUAUGGCGGAGAUUAUGAUUUAUUAGCUAGGCAUGUUCAACAAUUUUUCAAAAAUCUUCAGAAGUGUAAUAUCAAACCGAUCGUUGUAUUUGACGGCGCGAUCGAUCCGUCAUUGGAGAAACUAAAAACAAUGUUAAAACGUGUCGAUUUAGUGUUGAAUAACGCCCAUAAAAUUUAUGCCAAUAAUUAUUUUAUCGAAGGUGUUAUGCCAUCAUUGGCCGACAGUAUUUAUAGGUUGGAAUUGGAACGGCUUGGUAUUCCUGUAUUUCAGACCUGUUAUGAAGCGGAUGAAACUAUCAUACAAAUUGCUCAUGAACUUCAAUGCCCGAUUCUUUCAAAUGAUAGUGAUUUUCUUCUUUUUAAUCUUCCCGCCGGCAUUGUAAAUCUUCAAUCAUUGUUUGAUUUUGAUGUUGUUGUUCAUCGUGAUCCCGAUAAUGAGUACUACUACCUUAAAUGUCGUUAUUAUCGUGUGGAAAAUCUUAGACGAUCAUAUCCAAAACUCAAUUUGGAUCUUGUACAAAUUAUUGGAUUUAUUUUAGGCAAUGAUUAUGUAGAUAAUGAAAUCAUGGCAAUGUUUACUCGAAGAAUAUCAUCACAUAAAGAUCGACAAAAAUUGAUCAGCGAUGUGUUCCAAUGGAUUGCUCAACACGAUACAUUAAAAGCAUUGAUUAAUCAUAUGAGUCAGAUUUUGAAAAGCACAGAUCAUCCGCUAAUUAAGAUCAUUGAGAAACAUUAUUUACUAUUGGAAAGUCCUAUUUAUGAUCAAAAGCAAAACAAUUAUCGGACAUACCUUGAGAAAAAUAUGCUUAGAUUGUUCAUUCAAAAUAUCAAUAUUCCAUCAUGGAUGCGAUCCAAGUUUGCACAUAAACAAAUUGAUUCGCGUCUGUUGUCGAUCGUUAAUGUUCGUAUCGAUUGGUGUCGACCGUUGGUCGAAGAUUUUUCUUAUCCACAAUCAUCAUAUGAAACUUCCAACGAAUUGAUGCAAUGUGUAUAUGGUAUUUUAAGGUCACAAGAAAGAAACAUUGCAAAAAUUAAACGAUAUUCUCGUAAAGAUCGGCAAUUUAUAGCUCAGGCAAUAACACCAAUUAUUGAUCUGGAUAAAAAAUUAUUGCCAAAAUUAUCCGCAAUCGAACGAUUAAACUCUCUAGAGCGAAAAACUAUUUUCUUCAGAAUUCUACAAAUAAGUCCAGAAAUUUAUGAAUCUCUCAUGAAACUUUUAGAAUGUCGACUGAAAAACAAUUUUUUAAUUGAUCAUUCAAUGAUCAUACCAUUUUCAUCCAUGUUACUUACUCUUCUUUUUAUGUUGCGUAAUUUUUCCGAUCACAUUUGGCUUGAAUUUGUGUAUGCAAUCUACAUGAAUCUAUGGUUCACUGGUUAUCUUUGCCGUGAUACAAAUACGCCAUCAUUUCUUAAAUUAGAUUCCAUAAGCCGGCAAGAGUUUCAGAACAAUCUCAGUAAAUUUAGCUUGUUGCCUGUUUUAAGUUGUUCAAAAGUUUAUAUGCCACGAUUAGUACAUUUUUACAAUGUAUUUCAAACCUGUGUGGACAAUAUUGAUUUUCUUGGCCAAAUUCUCAAUUUGAAGCAUAUAUUCAAUGCAGACGGUAUGUUUCGUGCAUUAAAAGGAACUUUCAUUUACAAUCUCACUGUUGAUCUAUGCUCGCGGCCAAAACCCUUUCUUUAUAUUCAACAAUUGGUCCAGAGACAAAAAUUCCAACCGUUAGAUAUUUUCAUUGAAAUGUUGAAUCUUAUUCUACAUGGAAGUGAUCGAUAUAUGCUGGUCAAAAAUCGUUCGUUAGUCGACUUAGAUAUUAUCCCAAAAAGUUUAAUAUCUAAAAUAACUAAUAAUAUUAUGCCAAACAACAAAUAUUUUGUUCGAUCUUUUGAUUUUACAUCAAAGAAAACCCAUGUGAAUAGCCAAAAAUUAAAAUUGCGCAAGUGAAUUGCUUGCCUUACAAUU